CCUGUUACCUACUAUUCACCGACAUUGUAUACUAAUGUGACGCUGGAAUGUGUGGUAACUAGUGAAACAGCAACAGUAGUGACAUGGUUUAAAAACGAAAAUCCUAUUGUAAUAGCAGGAAAUCAAGGGUAUUUUGGUGGAAAUGAUAAUAUUCCAUCACUUACCAUUAUUUCUGUAGGAAAAAACGAUUUAGGAUAUUAUACCUGUCACGCAACAGUUGGAAAUACUACUGUUAGUACUCCUAACAUUAUGUUGACAACAAAAGAUCCAUCAGUGUUAGCUUUACGUACACCUUUUACUAAAUAUUCACCAACACUGUCUAGUAGAGUCACUCUGCAGUGUAUAAUUACCUCCGGUACUCCUUCAUCGAUAGAUUGGCAUUUUAAUAAUAGUCCUAUGAGGGUAGAAGAUAAUUCAAGAUAUUCUGGAGGCAACAUUAAUAAUCCAUCUCUGACAAUUACAUCAGUGGAACAAAAUGACUUGGGUUUAUAUAUGUGUUUGGCAAGCAAUGAAAUUGUUACCAUAAAUUCUGACAUCAUAGCUCUACUUCCUGUUGGUGCAAAACCGGUUGUUAAUGUGCCAGAAACAUCUUACAUCCAAUUAGCAGGACAGGAAAUAACCAUCACCUGUAGAAUACAAUCUCCGAAUAGUCCUAUGCAGGAAGUGCAGUGGAUAUUUAUCAAUCACGAAGGAAAAAGGAUUGAACCUGUUAUUCUCUCAACAUCUCCUCCUCUCAAAUAUCGUGGUUCCACUACCAGUAAUCCAUCACUAACUAUAAUGUACCUUGAGUCAUCUGAUGCAGGACAAUACAGCUGCAGAGCAAGGAGUUUAAUUGGAACAACAGUCAGUGAUACUUCUGCGUCACUCAUGAUUCCAGAGAUUCCUGCUGUUCACAUAUCGAAAUCCUUAUAUACUGUAAAUCUAGGAGAUGAGAUAACACUGGAAUGCACAACGCUAUCAAAUAUUGCACUUCAAGAUGUAUUCUGGGUUAAAGAAAUAAAUGACACUAUAACAACAGUUGUAAUUGGUAACAGGUUUUAUGGGUCAUCAAUUCUAAAUCCAUCUCUAACAAUCUCCGAUGUUAACAAUAAUGAUGAAGGACAUUACACGUGCUAUGCAAGUAAUACUAUUGGUAUCGGAAGCAGCCUACCAACACCUUUAAAUGUCACAGGAAACGCAAACAUCACUAUCACUGAGCUGACUACUGAAGGUGAGAUGAUUAAUGGAAGAAGUGUAACGGUUAUUUGUGAAGCGUAUGUUAUGUAUGCAGAAGGCACUGUUUUUGCUACCUGGAAACUGAAUAAUUCGGUAAUAAAUCCAACAAAUAUAUCAAGAUGGAAAACAGAAACAAUACCAAGUAAUCUAAACAAUGAGAGAAUGCAGUUCCGUUUGAUUGUUUUAAGUCUACAAACAAGUGAUUCAGGAAUAUUAACGUGUGGAGUGAGUGAUGGCUUUAUUAUCUCUGAAAAGACCCUGAGUUUAAAUAUCAUUGGCAAACCGAUCGUUAGUAUUUCACCACGUACAUCAACAGUAACACUUGGCGAUACUGUGAACAUAUACUGCACUGUAGUUCAAUCUUAUUCUGUUCUUACGUCUAUCCUAUGGUACAAGAAUGGUGACACGUUUAAUCCGAACAAAGGUGAAGUAGUUAUACGUUUAGACAAUAGACAUUCUAAACUGGUUAUUAGUGGAAUCCAAAAAAAUGUUCAAUAUGAAUGUUCUGGAAUAAACAAUUACGGGGAAGGAAAUCGUCUCAUCUCUCACAUCAGCGUUAUCAAACCCCACAUUGUCUACCAGUAUUGCCCAGUAGAUGUCGACCAAUUUGAAAGCCUCUGGGUAUAUACUGUUGAAAAUACAUUAGUUAUCAAUUCAUGCCCUGGUGACCGUGCAGGUACAGUGUCUCGAUUGUGUAACAGUAAUGGUGAAUGGGAAGAACCAAAUUACAGUACAUGUAUCUCAGAGGGUCUCUUAACUUUGAACGUAGAGACGGAUUUCCUGAAAAAUGGUAUUGAAGUAAAAGAUGUGAACAACAUUCUUGUUGAUUUAAACAAAAUAACAGAACCAGAUAUACCCGGAGACUUGACAUCAGGGGAAUUGGAUAUUUCUUCUUCAAUACUCGAUAACAUUGCUAGUCAUGCAAAAGAAAAAACAGAAAGUAUUUCUAUUGACCAGUUGGAGAUUUUUGUGUCAUCCUGUGAUAACCUUUUGGUAGAAAAGAAUAUACCAAGCUGGAAGCAGUUGAAACAAUUAAAUUUCACGGGUGUAACAGCCAUUGCAAAAGCCGUCACAGUGUACACAAAAGCGUAUACGAAUGUUAAUGACAGUGUGUUUCAAAGGACUGUACAGAAAGACCAGUUAGUUGUUCAAGUCGGGAAGGUUUUAUAUGAAGAUAUAACAUUUCCCAAGAAAACUCAAGUGUUACCUGAUUGGAUAACAGAAUCGGCAAAUCAAGUAACGUUAAGCAAAGAUAACUUCGAAGGACAGCAACCAGUCGGAUAUAGUACAACAUAUUACAGAAAUAUUUCGAAUUUAUUUCAUGAAUAUUAUUUGUCAGAAGGAUCGGUUACAGCUACUAAUGGAAGUUAUGAUGUAAACUCAGUAGUAAUAGAUUUUUCGAUAGAACCUACGCCAACAAGUUUACAACGUCCACUGGUUAUAAAAUUUGAACAUGUACAGGUCAAUUACUCAAAUCCUGUCUGUGCAUUUUGGGAUUUUGAUGCUUUAAACACCCCUAACGGUGCAUGGUCUUUUUCUGGUUCAAAAUUAGUAACGACAUCAGAAGGAGUAACAGUAUGCCAGUAUGACCACACUACUAAUUUUGCACUACUAAUGAGUCCAGGAAGAGCAUCUUCAUCACACAGCUUGGUGUUAAGUAAAAUAUCUGCUGCUGGUUGUGGUAUUUCAAUCGUUUUUCUUGUUGUUACAGUCAUUAUUCAUGCAAUGUUAUGGAGACAACUAACAUGUGAUACGCGCGGAAGAAAAAUAAAAAGGGAUAAAGCAAUCUUACUGGUUAAUUUUUGUGUUGCCUUGGCAAUCUCCUACAUCUUAUUUUUAUCGGGAGUAACACGGACUGGCAAUAAGAAAGUCUGCACAACUAUUGCGGUACUGCUGCAUUAUAUCUUCUUGGUAGACUUCGCCUUUAUGUUAGCAGAAGGAAUUGAAAUUGCGAUUUCCGUCCUUUUUGUUUUUGCAACAUCUUCAAGAACAAAAUGGCUGAUACCAACAUGCUGGGUUUCUCCAGCUGUCAUAGUCGGAAUAUCAAUGGGUGCAACCAAACUAGACGGAUAUGGAAAUUCUCAAUAUUGCUGGCUUUCUGUUGAGUCCAACUUGAUAUGGGCAUUUGUGGGACCUGUCUUAACUGUUGUUUUGAUAAACCUUAUUAUUCUCAUUUUGGUGUUGAGAACAAUGUUCGCCACUCAUGCAAUGAUGGACAAGACAACCAAAGAACGAGCAAAAGCUGGAAUAAGGAGUUUGUGUGUUAUAUUACCAUUGUUUGGUGUCACAUGGGUCCUAGGUGUGUUCUCCGUUAAUGAGGAUACGGUUGUGUUCCAAUAUUUGUUUGCAGUGUUUAACUCUUUACAGGGAUUUUUCAUAUUCCUAUUUCAUACAGUUUUAAACCAACAGAUUCGAGAAGGAAUACAAACGAUGCGAGUAAAGAAAGCUGAUAAAUCAUCAAUUUACUCAAAACAAAGCUCACAAAAAACUACAAGAGAAAGUUUUGUUACUUCCACCAGUGAGUCACAAAGAGACUCGUCGGAAUCAUCUAGCAUUUUGAGAGCAAGCAAAUUUGAUGAAAGUCUGGUCACAAGUAUUGAGAAUAAUAAACAUGUCAAUCAAAAUAGCCUUAAAGGGGAUAACGGCAUAGCACCAGAAAACUAUUCAAAAACCACAAAAGAUGUGCACGGACCUGUCAAAGCUGAUAAUGGAAAACAAACUAGUGUUCAGAACAAAUCGAAAUCAGACGGAGGUAACAGAAAGCACCAACAAUCUAAUGACAACAAAGAUGUUGUCUUAAGACGAUCCCAAACCGUUGCAUCAGGAAAACAGAGCCAAGACGGAGGGAAAAUUCACAAGAAAGACCAAAGAAGAAGCCAAUACAACAGCCGCCCUGAAAGCAUCAGUGUGUAUUAUUUUGAUAAUCCCGUCAUGUCAAAUGAUCAGACCAGGCGGCCUGCUGUGGAAAAUCCUUCUUCCACAUUCGAAAAUGAGCGACAAAGAAUACCAGAUGAAAUUCAGGGUCAAAGAGGCAACAAAAUAAGGUGGUCGGCUGACUGUUAAGUUAAACAGUGACGUGAAGUAAUCUAGUGAAUUUGAACAUGUUCAUAUCAAAUAUAUCUUAUAUAGCCGGAAUAUUAUUUUUUUACAGUUAAACAUUGGCAUAAGAUAUAGACAUACAUGAAAAAAAAUAUAAAAUCGAUUUUUCAAAUAGCCAAUGAAUAUCGAAAAAUUGACCUAUUCAUGUCAUCUUCUAAAUAUAUGUUAUAAAGAUACUGAUUAUAUAUUGAGCAGCAAUUUAAAUCUAAUUAAACAGAACUGUACAUAGCAGUGGUCUAUGUGACUAAUAAAAGGCAAGUCUUCUUUAUAAAAGAUGUAAAUCAAAAAAGAAAACAUUAGUGUUGUUCUAAAUGACUGUCGGGCAUUUCUUUGUUGUUCAACUUGGCCCAUUCUUUUAUCUUCAAAACAAGUUCACAUUUGAGUAGCAGCUGAUAUUUUACAAUCUAUGUUUUUAUUUUAUUUUAUUUUUAAUUUUUUUUUUUGCUAACCAUUAAAUAUUAUAUAUUGUACUUUAGAUCAAUUUAUUUUAUCGUAUAAAAAGAUAACUUUUACUUCCAAAACACAACACGACUUAAAGCCAAAAGAAAAGUAAAACUCAAUGGUUCAUUUAUGAUGUGAUAAUAAACAUUUGCAAAUGCUAUGUUCUUACAGAACUAUGUUAACUACUGAAACACAAAACAGUUCUUUUUAAUAUUUGACAUUUGAUUUUUCCCCUGUUUGUACUAAAAUAACCUUAUAUGUUACUUACUAACCGCUGAUGUAUUCCCCUUGUCUUGAUAAGUAAAUGACACUUUAUCAUUAUCUUUUUACGCGACUUUUCGAAAAUCAAAAUAAUCAGGUAUCUAAGCAGAUAUAUUGUCUCACGUUACUUCUCCCCUAAGAACUCUAUAAUAUAGCAUUCUAUAUGUUCUUGCUAUAUUGAGUUUACAUAUGGAGGAUUUACUACUGUGCGAAAAAUAUGUUCUAGAAUCUGAUCGUUUAGGAAAGCCGAAUAGCUACCUCAGAGUGCCUUUCCAUUUUUAUCAUGCUACUUUUGGUGCAUUUAAAUUUCUCAUUUGCUAGUUUUCAGUUUAAAAAAAACAUUUUAAUUUUUUUUUAUUUGUAGGACAAUCGAUUUAUGCAUUUUAUAAACGAUUUUACAACUUUGUGUGUAUAUACAUAUAUUUUUUUAAUAAAUCAAACAUACUCGUUUUUUACACCAUUAUGUAUCUCUUCAAGUUUUUAUUUUCUAACUUUUAUACAACCAAUAUACCUGGUGAUAUUAUUCAAUUUCCUAACGGCAUUAUCGUAUACUCAAUUGUGUUCAGUUUAUUAUAUAUCUUUGUAUACAUUUAUUGCUAGUUAUUUCAUAUAUGUUAACACAAUUAUUAUAUUUUAUUCAAUAAAAAAAUAGUAACAUUU